AUGAACCCACAGGGCGUGUCUUGUCCCCCACCGCCGGGCUAUACUCACGCUCAAGUACAGCAGAUGCUGCAGGCACAGCAGCAGGUGAAGAAAGCACCUUCGGGUCGGCCGAAUGACUGGCAGUGCCCUAAUGUAACAUGUCGACAUUGGAACUAUGAAAAACGAACGAGGUGCAACAGGUGUGAUACACCAAAACCGGUCGUACAGCCGGAAACACCGAGUCUUGGUGGCCCUCCUGGACUGUUCAAGAAAGGUGAUUGGGUGUGUACGGGAUGUGGCAAUGUGAACUGGGACUGGCGAGAGAGAUGCAAUAUGUGCAACUCGUUGCAACCGCAACUGCAAGAGAGUCGGGAGGGCCAGAGUGGAGGCCAUUACGAUAGGCAGGAUCCCACAGACCGAGAGAGGCAUGACUCUGAUAACGAGUCGUUGGAUGAGUUCGGGCGGAAGAAAAAGAAGAGCAAGCAUAAGAGGCAUAGGUAA